CCCGGGUGCGACGACGCGGGGGCAGGGGGCGCACGGCGGCCGCGGGAGCCUCCGGAGCAAGAGCUGCAGCGCCGCCGGGAACAGAGGCGGCGGCGACACGACGCGCAGCAGCUGCAGCAGCUCAAGCACCUGGAGUCCUUUUGCCUUUUGCUGAUUGAGAUGUGUUACAUUCCUAUGAACAUGGCUCAUGACUGGUGUUUUCUUCCUUUCUAGUUAUGAAAAACCUCCUCCUGGACUUAUCAAGGAAGAUGAGACUAAGCCAGAAGACUGUAUACCAGAUGUCCCAGGCAAUGAACAUGCCAGGGAAUUUCUGGCCCACGCACCAACCAAAGGACUUUGGAUGCCACUGGGGAAAGAAGUCAAAGUCAUGCAGUGUUGGCGUUGUAAACGGUAUGGUCACCGAACGGGCGACAAAGAAUGCCCUUUCUUUAUCAAAGGCAACCAAAAGUUAGAACAGUUCAGAGUAGCACAUGAAGAUCCCAUGUACGACAUCAUUCGAGAGAAUAAAAGACAUGAAAAGGAUGUAAGGAUACAACAGUUAAAACAGUUACUGGAGGAUUCAACAUCAGAUGAAGAUGGGAGCAGCUCCAGUUCCUCAGAAUGUAAAGAGAAACACAAGAAAAAGAAGAAGAAAGAGAAGCAUAAGAAAAAGAAGAAAGAAAAGAAAAAGAAGAAAAAACGAAAGCAUAAGUCUUCCAAGUCAAAUGAGAGUUCAGACUCAGAGUGACAAGAGCUUGACUUGUUCAACAUUCUCUUCUCAGAAAUCAAACACCGUGGCCAAAGAGCAGAGGAAUGUGGAAUCAGAGAGGAAUAGGAGAGAGAGACACCAAGAGAGGAGGAGAUUUGGUGUCACAGGUGUGAAUUCUCACCUACCUUCCAGUAAAGAUGUGACCCCCAGAAGAGUGAGUUGUAUCUUGCCAGGUGCUAGCUCUGGACAGCGGCUGAUUUCAGGCUGGAAAGCUUUUCUCAUUGUUCUCCUCCCUGCUGAUCACUGUGGGUCCUGAUUCCUUAGAAAUGCCUCUGGCAGGGUGGCCAGACUAAGGGAAUCUCUGAGGAAGCUCUUCCAGGUGCUGCCACAGCUUCCACCCUCCAUGGUGGGGCUACUUAAUACCCCUAGAUUUCAGGCUUGACUUUCCUCUGUUGUUGAGGAUAAUAAAAGCUCGUUAUUUAUUUUUUUAAUGUA